AUGGCUCGUACCAAGCAAACUGCCCGUAAAUCCACAGGAGGAAAAGCGCCUCGUAAGCAGCUGGCCACUAAAGCUGCUCGCAAAAGUGCCCCGUCCACUGGUGGCGUCAAAAAGCCCCAUCGUUACAGGCCCGGCACCGUAGCUCUGAGAGAGAUUCGUCGGUACCAGAAGUCCACAGAACUGCUGAUCCGUAAGCUGCCCUUCCAACGCUUGGUCAGGGAGAUUGCUCAGGACUUCAAGACCGACUUGCGUUUUCAGAGCGCCGCCAUCGGUGCUCUGCAGGAGGCCAGCGAGGCAUACUUGGUGGGACUAUUUGAAGACACCAACCUGUGCGCCAUCCACGCCAAGCGCGUCACCAUUAUGCCCAAGGACAUCCAGCUGGCGCGCCGAAUCCGUGGAGAGCGUGCUUAG